GACACUAUGACAUAUAUUCGGCUUUCAUCAUAGCUCGAAAUACAUCUUGACUAUAGGACAGACCUGUAUACCAGCUAGACCUAUCAUACUGAACUAUAGAAUAUGUCGGACCAGGCAGCGAUGGAUCGGGAACGGUGGAGUUGGCGAUUUGAAUCUAUUGGGACGAACAUCGGCUUCGUAGCCUGCUUUCAGAAUUUAUGGCGCUUCCCUUACCUCUGCUACGCCAAUGGCGGGUUUAUCUUCCUCAUCCCAUAUUUACUAUGUUCCAUGUUUCUUGCGAUUCCUCUCAUGUUCCUGGAGACGGCACUCGGUCAAUACACCUCCUCGGGUCCCAUCAGAGCAUGGAAGAUAUGCCCACUUUUUCAAGGUAUUGGUAUCGCCACCACUGUCGUUGCUUGGUGGCGUACCAUCUACCAUAACGUCAUCCUGGCUUGGACCCUGUACUACCUCUACAGUUCGUGCCUUGGCGGUGAGCUCCCCUGGGCGAGAUGUGAUCAUGAAUGGAACACAGCUUCAUGCCUUAAUAGCUCCUCUAAAUGGGUGUGCGUUAACGGAACCUAUAUCAUCGGCAACAAGUGGGAUACGUAUCCAACGGAAGCACCGCGAGCUCCAUCGUGGAACAGUUGGGAUGUAGCAGGGUCUUCAGAUAACCCUGACCGAUGUGCUUAUAAUUCCCCUGCAACCACCAACCCGGCCCAGGAGUUCUGGAAAUUCAAUGUGCUACAACAGACAGACGGAAUACAUGACGUAGGACGUAUUGUUUGGUAUCUUGCCCUAAACCUCUUCCUCGCAUGGAAGCUCAUCUACUUUGGCCUCUGGAUGGGAGUCAAAUUGAGCGGCAAGAUAGCUUAUUUCACCGUUCCCUAUAUACACCUUGUACUAGCCGCAUUUUUUAUACGUGGGGUCACUUUACCAGGAGCGUAUGAUGGUUUGCGGUUUUUUCUCUACCCCAACAUAUAUCUACUUGGAAGAACACAGGUGUGGAUAGCCGCUGGAACAGAAGUUUUCUAUUCCUUCUCGAUUGGACUGGGUGCUUUCACAGCCCUUGGCAGCUUCAACAAAUUCCACUACAACUUCUAUAGGGACAGCAUGAUCGUAGCCUACUUAAAUGUGAUUACAAGUAUCUACGGUGUUCUCAUCGUCUCUUCAUUCGUUGGCUUCGUAGCGACCACUGAGGGAAUCCCAGUAAAUGGAGCCGUUAAUGCAGGUCCUGGUCUUAUUUUCGAGGUCUUUCCGCGUGCUUUUGCUGCGAUGCCUUCAUCAAGGGUCUCGGCAAUUUUCUUCUUCCUAGUGGUCCUAACGAUUGUGCUAAACUCUCAGCUCGUCAUGGUAGGGGCGUUCAUCACGUCUGUCUUGGAUCUUUUCCCUACCUCGCUGCGGAUUGGGUAUUAUAAAGGGCUAUUCGUAUUGGGAGUCUGCUUUGUAAACUUCCUGAUUGGCCUUAGUAUGGUAACUCAGGGUGGUCUCUACGUCUUCACGCUCUUCAGUAACUAUGGGGAUAGUGCCUUCCCUAUCGUUUGGAUAUGUUUCUUCGAGAGCAUCGCCAUCGGAUGGUUUUAUGGUGUUAGAAGGUUCUCCCGAGACAUUGCCGAGAUGCUGAAAUGGCAACAGAUUGAAUGGUACAUAAUCUGCUGGCCAGUCACUGUUCCUAUUAUUGCUCUGCUCGUUUGGAUCGGCAACAUAGUGUACUGGGCCCCGCUGUCCUAUUUCCCUGGCUACCCGAGAUGGGCCGACGGGCUCGGCUUCUGUAUGACCCUCUCGUCGAUGGUGUGCAUUCCCGCAGGAGCGGUCUACUCCAUCUUCUAUCACAUGAUCAAAGGUGAAGGGCCCACUAUGACGAGGCUGAAAAAGGUUAUCCAACCCACUAUCGUUCCCUUUCGUUACGAACUACAUGUAGAACCAGAUGGUGUGGAAAUGACCUAAUUUCAUGAGAGUCAAUUAAAAAAAAACUUUAUGUAAUAGUGGAAAAGAUUGAAAAAAAUAAUCACUUGCAGUUUUGAAGUCGUAUGCUAUCUCUGAAAUGAUACGAAAUUAUAUAAAUACUUUAAAUUGUUUAAUUUUCUUCGGUUUCAAUUUAUAUUUGAUGAUAAUUCCAAGUCAUUGGAUUGCAAACUUAUAAUAGCCUAUUCAAUUUUACCUCAAUGAAAAAUUGUGAUUUUGAAAUAUUGGGCAAAAUUCGUAAAAGAACAAAAGCAGUUCAAUAAUUAUGCUUUUUUUUUUCCUCCUCAAAAUUAUUAUGGUAGCUUGGCUUACAGUAAAUUUUAUUCGUAUUUGAAAAGAUCGGCGUAGGCGUAGUUAUGGGCGCAAUUUUUUUUAAUGAGCUAACGUUUAAUGUUGUCCAAAAUUAAUACUUCUUUCGACUUUCUAUAUCUCGCGAACGAGGAGCAAUUUUGACACCAUCACGAUAUAGCCAAAUGUAGGCCUGUAGCUUGAUUAUUACCAUAUCAUGUCGAAUUUGUAGUAUACCUUUUUUUACAUUCUCAUAUACUUGAAAGGCCUAUAUCAUGAAAAACAUGAAUUGGUACGUGGGUGCGUGGGUGAGUGUGCAUGUUGUAAGUAUUUCUACAAUAUUAUUACACGAAGGUUUUGAUUCAUUUUAACAAGUAUUUAAAAACAAUUAAGGUUAUUAAUAUGUCAUAUUCUCUUUCUCUCUGAUGUCAUGUGUUCUACUCUCACCUUCAAUUGAAAUGCAUGUACAGUACUAUGAUAUAAUUUACUCACUUUUAAUUAUUUUAAUCUACUAAUUUUAAGUGUACUAAAAUUGGGAUUAGCCUUGACUGUCCGAUUGCUUUUGCUAAUCCGUCACCUCCACUAUAAUCAAUCCUUUUUGUAUUUCUCAUGUCAGCUAUAUAUGUAUGUGUAUGUAUGCCAUAUGUCGUUUCGUAUAUUUACUUCAAAUUGCUUUAUUUCGUUGGUAUUAUAUAUUUUUAAAGAAAUAAUCAAAUAAACUGAAUUGAAAAAUGUUGUGGACUGAAAUUUAUUUGAGAUUUAAACUUGAUAUAUAUCUAAUCAUGCUUACGCUUUCCUUGGAUGGUGGAUUUUCAUUUAUAACUGGGCCUUUACAAAACCUAACUGAGCUAUAAUUAUAGCUGCAAGGUAAGUGGCAUUGGCUAUAUACAUAACUUAAGUAAUUCAUAGUACUGGCCCUGGUGCAUCAGUAGGCAUUUGGUGUCUGACAUGGAAAAUUUUCACAAUGUCAUCAAAUAAUUUCCCUUCAAAUUAAUGAUCGCACAUCAAAAGUAUGAAAUAAUUAUUCUUGUGUUUAGAUAUAUAAAAAUGAUAAACUCUGAUUUAUGGAAUAACCUGUAUAUCAACCCAAGGCCAAUUUCGAUACAUCCCAUUAAAAAAAAAUCAUUUUCGGAUUAAGUAAAAUGCACAUUUCAAUCAUGUCAUUAUAGGUGACGGACAAAACUACUGUAAUUGCCUUUGGUUGAUUUUUGUUUUGUAUGGUUACUCUCAUGUUCCGUUAAACAUAAGAAUAGGGGGAAAGUAAGACAAUUCAAACGCAGAGUAAACGACUUCGUCUUGAACUUAUGAAUCACACAUAUUUUAGUUUAAAUUAUAUAUUUCUAUCUAUUUUUUCUUAAAUUUUCUGCUGUUAUAUGUUUAAAUUAAGUUUUAUAUUAUAUGUUUUUGCAUUGUUUUUAUAUACAUAUAAGGAGUUAUUUGCGCUUGCAUGUAGGCCUAUGCAUAAUUCGACCUCUAUUAUUACAUGUACUGAAAUGAAUUGUGGAGAAACAAUAAUUGUAACAUGUUUUUUUUAAUGGAAAAUAAAUGAUUUGAUUUGAUUUGAUG